AUGGAGCAGCCAUCAAAUUCAAGCAAAAAGCAAAGGGUUUCAAUUUUUGGUCUAUUUAUUGCUGCUGAUAAUUUUGACUAUCUCUUGAUGUUUUUUGAAACUGCCGAUGCAUGUGCUCAUGGUGCUGUGUUACCUGUAUUCUUUAUUUUGUUUGGUCAUAUGAUUGAUUCUAUGGGACAUCUAGGUUCUGAUCCUCAAAAAAUGUUUUCACAGGUGUCCAAGUAUUCCUUGUACAUUGUGUAUUUAGGACUUGGAGUUUUUGUAGCUGGAUGGAUUGGUGUUGCAUCUUGGAUGCAAACUGGUGAGAGGCAGACAGCACGUUUGCGUCUGAAGUAUCUGCAGUCAGUUUUAAAAAAGGAUAUGAACUUUUUCAACAUGGAAGCUAGAGAUUCCAACAUUUUAUUUCAUAUAUCAAGUGAUGCAAUACUAGUGCAAGAUGCAAUAGGUGACAAGGGCAUGCUAUUCGUUACCUUUCUCAGUUCUUCAUUGGAUUUGCCGUUGGAUUUACAUCAGUAUGAAAAAGGUGAGGCUGCUUAUGCUGAAGCUGGGAAGGUUGCAGAUGAGGCUAUUUCACAAAUACGUACAAUAUACUCUUUCGUAAGAGAGCAGAAAGCAAUCGAAGCGUACUCUAAGUCCCUAAAAAACGCUCUUAAAUUAGGAGAAAAAAGUGGGUUUGCAAAAGGAAUUGGUAUCGGAUCUACGUAUGGACUCCUAUUUUGUUCUUGGGCACAGCUUCUCUGGUAUGCCAGCAUACUUAUCAGGCGUGGGGACACAAAUGGUAUAAUCAAUGUCAUUUUUAGUGGAUUUGCUCGUGGCCAAGCUGCUCCAAAUAUUGCUGCUAUUUCCAAAGGCCGUGCCGCCGCUGUCGGUAUCAUUAGCAUGAUUGAAACAGAUUCCAACCCUUCUAAAAAUUUAAAAAAUGGAAUUAUGUUGCCAAAAGUAUCUGGGCAGAUCGAAUUUUGCGAGGUCUGCUUUGCUUAUCCCUCUCGAUCGAAUAUGGACUUCGAAAGCUUGAGCUUCUCAAUAAGUGCUGGGAAGACCUUUGCAGUUGUGGGUUCAAGUGGUUCGGGGAAAAGCACUGUUAUUUCCAUGGUUUGGCGUUUCUAUGAACCCACUUCAGGUAAAAUAUUGUUGGAUGGACAUGAUCUUCAGACUCUCAAAUUGAAGUGGUUGAGAGAACAAAUGGGAUUGGUCAGUCAAGAACCAGCAUUGUUUGCUACAACAAUAGCUGACAAUAUCAUGUUUGGUAAAGAAGAUGCAAGUAUGGAUCAGGUUAUUGAAGUUGCUAAAGCUACCAAUGUGCAUUCUUUUGUUGUACAAUUACCUGAUGGUUAUCACUCUCAGGUUGGAGAGGGAGGAACACAGCUUUCUGGUGGUCAAAAACAAAGAAUCACUAUAGCACGAGCAGUGCUGAAGAAUCCAAAGAUACUACUUUUAGAUGAGGCCACCAGUGCCCUUGAUGCAGAAUCAGAACACAUUGUGCAGCAAGCCCUGGACAAAAUUAUGUCAAAUCGAACUACAAUUGUUGUUGCACACCGAUUAUCUACUAUUCGAGAUGUUGAUACAAUCUUUGUUUUGAAAAAUGGUCAAGUUGUUGAAAGUGGGAACCACUUGGAAUUGAUAUCUGAGGGAGGGGAAUAUGCAGCAAUGGUGAGUUUGCAAGUAUCAGAACAUGUUACAGAUGCAAGCUUAAUAGUUAAUUAUGGAACUGACGGCAAUUCUAGUUUUCGAACACCUACAAACAGUCAAAAUUAUGAAUUCAAGUCAGUUACAACGAAAGAGCUGAAGUCAAACGAUGAAAACUUAUCCCCAGCAAACUUUUCUCCCACCCCAUCCAUUUGGGAACUAGUAAAACUAAAUGCACCAGAAUGGCCUUAUGCAGUGCUUGGGUCAGCAGGUGCAAUUUUGGCUGGUAUGGAAGCACCAUUGUUUGCCCUUGGAAUUACACAUAUGCUGACUGCCUUUUAUUCUCCUGAUAUUUCUCAAAUGAAAAAAGAAGUUCAGCUCGUAGCUCUUAUUUUUGUUGGAGCAGCAGUUAUCACUGUUCCUAUUUAUUUGCUGCAACACUACUUUUAUACACUAAUGGGGGAGCGUCUGAUGACUCGUGUUCGCCUAUCAAUGUUCUCAGCUAUCCUUUACAAUGAGAUUGGCUAUUGGCGUAUCUCAGCUGUUGUCAUUGCUUGCUUUCCUCUCUUUAUUGGGGCUGCCAUAACUGAGCAAUUAUUUCUCAAGGGAUUUGGAGGAGACUAUCGCUCUUAUGCUAAAGCAAAUGCCGUGGCACGUGAAGCAAUUGCCAAUAUUCGAACGGUAGCUUCGUUUGGCCUUGGAUAUGGUGCAUCCCAGCUCUUCUGUCUUUGUGCAUAUGCACUUGGUCUUUGGUAUGCAUCAGUGGUAAUCUCACACAAAGAAUCCAAUUUUGAUCAUGUCAUGAAGUCCUUCAUGGUUUUGGUAAUGACUUCAUAUGCUAUAGCAGAAACGCUUGCUCUCGCACCAGACAUUAUGAAGGGUUCACAAGCACUUGAAUCAGUUUUCAGUGUUCUCCAUAGGAAAACAGCCAUGGACCCUGAUGAUCCCACAUCAAAAGUGGUCGCCGAUAUCAAAGGCGACGUAGAAUUCAGACAUGCGAAUUUCAGCCUUGCUGUGGUGGGCCAAAGUGGAUCAGGGAAAAGUACUGUAAUUGCUUUGAUAUUGAGGUUCUAUGACCCCAUUUCCGGGAUAGUUCUGAUUGAUGGACACGACAUUAAAACCUUGAACUUGAAGUCAUUAAGGUGGAAAAUAGGACUAGUUCAACAGGAGCCGGCAUUGUUCUCGACAACAAUUUACGAAAACAUCAAGUAUGGGAAUGAAAAUGCUUCAGAAAUUGAAAGGACUACAGUUAUCAGAGGGGCAGAAACAGAGAAUAGCAAUUAUAAGAGUAAUACUAAAGACCCUUCUAUUCUUCUUUUGGAUGAAGCUACAAAUGCAUUGGAUACAGCUUCUGAGAAGUUGGUCCAAGAGGCUUUAGAUAAACUUAUGGAAGGCAGAACAACAGUUCUGGUGGCACACAGGUUAUCAACUGGUCGCGAUGCUGAUAGUAUUGCGGUGCUUCAACAUGGGAGGGUGGUCGAAAUCGGAAGCCACAACCAGCUCAUUGGAAAACCUGGUGAUUCAUGUCUAAAGAAGGGAUUAGACCGAGGACAAGACAAGUCAAGUCAUGCACUUGCUCUCUCUUUUUUCAGGUAG